GUAUGGCUUCAGCUGGCUACCUGUAAUCUGUAUGGAUUCCUUUUGCCUUGCUAAUCUAAGUGCGUAUCCAAGCUAAGAAAGUACCCGGUAGGUGAUGACGGCAAAAAUAACAUAGGAAUUGUGAAAAGAGAUUUGCCAGAUCUGUGAUGUUGACACCCAGAACAAGUCUGCAUCCUGAGCCUGUUUGAUCUCACAUUUUCCUCAAGUGAUGAUGAGAUGAUAGGAUACUCAUGCUAGAGCACCAACCAUAGUCAUCACAGCAUUUGAUACAGCAUCAAGGAUUCUGGUAUCUGGUUGGUCUCUUCUUUCUCCACUUUGAUGAUUGUAGAUCAGUCGGUCUACGGAUGCGCAAGUUCAAGAAACAUCCCAACAUGGAGUAACACUGAAUGAUCAGAUUUAUGCCAUGCUCGAAUGAUGCUACAGUGUACAGCCAACCCUGACAAACUAUCUGGUAGCACAAAACUGCAUUAAAGGCUCUUCCUGGGGGAUACUUCAACAUGUAGUUCAAGAGGCAGCAUACAUGUAUAUGCUGCACAGUAAUUAGAUCAGUCUUCUAAUUAUGUUACUUGAAAUUAAAGAUGAAGUGAUUCAUUGGUCAUUUGAGAUCAGGAAUUAUGUGCAAGAUAACCUGAUGUCAACAGAAGUAAACCCAGAAGUGAUCCAGCUCUUUAUAACAGUGUACGGUACAUUGACCUUUUAGUUCUUGCCUUUACAUUCAACUGCAUAGUACCACUGUCUGAUGGAGCACUGCCUAACCAGAAUGUGGAAUCUUGGCCAUCAUAAACACUAAUGUCUUUUAUAGAGCAGUUACUACACAUAAGUGAAGUUUCUUUUGGUCAACAGAACAUGCAGUACACAAAUAAGGUUGCAACCAGAUCUUGUGAACAAGCAUUAAUUCAUUGACGUUGCAGUUAUCACGUAGAUUGCCAUCCGAAGAGAGUGUUUAUUCCUUUUUCUUCAUCAAAGCGUUCCAGUUUAAUAGACAGGAGUGAGGAGGAUCUGGAGGACACAGGGAGUUCCAGUAUGCAGUUAACUCUUUGACUUCCGUACUGUCAUCCGACCUGAACUUGGAAACUCUUUAAUAUUCAGUCAGAUAUUGAUAAAUUUGAAUUUUAUCAAGAACUUACACAAUGUAUAGUAUGGAAAAGAAGGUGUAAGGCAUGGGAUAACAUUUUAAUUGAAAUUGGAUUUUGCUUUUAGUCAUUGAAAACUAUGUAAAUUGAAAUUCAGUUUCUUUUGGCAGUGUAAGGAUAUUGUUUCAUAAUUUGUGUGCAUGUUUUGUCAUAUUUUCAUUUAUUGUUUGCCAGAUAUACAUGUAGAUUGUUUGUAAACAUUUUCUCUGUAUCAUAGUUUUCGAAUUCAUUCAUUCAUUGUGAAGGUAAUUUUCACAGUUGUGCACAUCCACCGUUAUAUAGUUAACAUCACAAGCGUAGUACAUGUAAUAGUAUAAUACUUGCAUUUCAAAGGCCACAGACAGAAUAGAAUACAGUAAACAGGGUAUGGUCUAAAGAAAUAGGAGUCCCACACAGUACACACUGUUUAUCAAAUAUUUCUGUCCUGUCAUUAUUGUGUAAAAUUAUAUAAUUUUGGUGCCCUAUUGGACAUGGAUUAGCAGGGUUUCUGUUAUUUGAAUUUACAUGUGCAUCACUCAAGAUUGGACGAACACAAUUUUCAUGAUACUCAUUUGAAUUUUAAAAAGUUAGAACAAGAUGGUUUGGCAUACAUGGGCAAAUACAAGCUAUUGUCAAAUUUAAUCAGAAGUUAUUUAUUAAACUGAAAUACUUCAAGUUUGUUUUUGUUUAAUUUGAGAAAUUUUCAAAAUGAUUUUAGUAUGUUUCACAAAGACUGAAAAGAGGCAUACCUUUGAAUUUGGAAAGAAACUCUGAAAUCUGCAUUUUAUAUGAAUAUGAAACAUAAUCUACAUGUUUAAUGUAGAUGUAGUUUCGAUAGUAUAAAGUAAAUCACUGAUUUCAUUUACUGCAUGAUAGUGCUUUAGUUAUGUAAUAGUAGCUAUUAAACCAUCUCGAAACAAUUAUUGCCCAAACUAAAUAAAUGAAAAGAAAUUGCCAUGUACGAAAGAUGUAAAAGAAUAUUAUAUAUGAUAGAAUAUAUUCUUGUGAAAAACAGGUGAAUAUGUGUACAUGUACAUGUACAUAGAUAUAUAUUUGAUAUGUCGAUCUUGCCACUGUGGGGCAGCUGAAUAGGAAUGAUAUUUAAAUUAAAGAGCCUGGUUCUGAAAAGUUUCCAAGUCAGAAGCGUUCCAGUGCAACCGCAUCCUGUCACCAUGGAAACCACAGUCACCACCACUGCACUAUCCUCAGCGGUUAUUUCCACACAGCCAACAACUUGGGAACAGUGGGAACUAAAUACCACGGAUGUUUCCUUGAUGCCUCUGAACAACGGGUCUAACGUGACACUGGCUGAGCCGCCAAUGGGCUUAGGCGCAGUCGUCAUCUUCGGUUUACUCAUGGUGUUGAUGAUAAUGAUUGCUGUGCUAGGAAAUUGCAUCGUGUGCUUGAUUGUGUACCAGAAGCCAGCCAUGCGAUCUGCCAUUAAUCUUCUCCUAGCAAACCUUGCCUUUGCGGACAUCAUGGUUGCGGUGACCUGCAUGCCCUUUGCGCUCAUUGCUCUCGUACUGGGUGAGUGGAUCCUUGGGGACAUCAUGUGCAAGAUAAACGCAUUUCUCUAUUUUCUAUUCAUCACAGAGGCUACAUUUAUUCUUGCCACAAUAUCGGUGGAUCGGUACUUCAUCAUUGUCCACCGCAAGGACAAGUUGAAUCCACACAGGGCCAAGCUUCUGAUACUGUUAUCUUGGUUCUGUAGCUUUGUUGUGGCGUUUCCUCCUAUCAUCGGCUGGGGAAAGUAUGCAUUCCCCAGGGGGCCUGGUCCUCCACAGUGCUGGGUAGAAAUGGAUCUAUCAUCUGACAAAGUAUACUACAUCAUGCUCAUGUUAGCUGUGUUCUUCAUUCCAUUCACAGCGAUGCUUUUCUCAUACUUCUUCAUCCUCAACACAGUGAGACGCAACUCGUUGCGGAUACAGAACCAUCCAGAGUCUCUCAGCAUUAGUCAAGCCACCAAGCUCGGGUUGGCAGGCUUACACAGACCUUCCCGCGUUAACGUUGACAUGAGCUUCAAGACCCGAGCAUUCACGACCAUUCUACUUCUUUUUAUCGUGUUCGUCGUCUGCUGGGCUCCGUACGCCAUCAGCGGACUCGUCUACCAUUUUUCGUCAUGGACAGGAGGUAAUGUGAUGCACACUAUUGUGCUGUGGCUCACGUACCUCAACUCCGCAUUCAAUCCUAUUAUUUACUGCUGGCGAAUAAAAAAGUUUCGGGAAGCAUGCCGCGAGCUGGCCCCAAAGACAUUUAAGCUCUUGCCCCACUUGCCUGGAAGGACAAGGCGCAGGAUUCGACCAAGUGCAAUGUAUGAGUGUAAUCAGCAAUCAUCAGUAUGACAUGCCAACUCGUUAGAUAGCUUUACAAAAGAGUAUUAGACCAGAGAUUUCUAUUUGUCUCCUUUGUAUUCAGGAAAUCAAUUUUUGAUCAUUUUUAAUUGAUUAUUAUUAGCUUAGAUGUACAUGUACAUGUGAAUAUAUUACUAAUUUGUGCUAUGGAGUCGUUUUGUGUGAUUAUAAUGUACUACUCAACUCACAAAUCUAUGCUGCGUUGAAAUAGUUUUUUUUUCUGCCAAGAUAAAAAUUGCUAACAUGGUAUUUACAUGCAGAAAUUGCAGAACAUUUAUUCAGUAAUUGCCAGGACAACACUUUGCCACAUUCAUAAAUGUGCUCAACUCACCAUGGCUAAAUUCUUGCUAUUUUAAUAUUGAAAAAAAAAACAUGCCGAUUAAGUAUAAUACUCAGAAGUGAACAUUACCUUUUUUUUCUUAAAAUACAGAAAACUAGUGUAUGAUAGCAUAAUUAUCCAGACAAUACACAGAGAUUUAAAAAAAUAUAUAUUUUUGAGAAAUUGCUCACCUUUAUAAAUUUCUAACCUACGUACACAUGUCCGUUGUGUGCUAUUGAUUCAUUUAUAUUUUGCUGUGCCCUUUUGCCAUACUUAUUAAACUCGACGUGAUUUGAUUUUUAUUUUAAUUGCAAUAUAGACUGUAUUGUGGAAAGUUGUGCUAUGCCAAACACUAUGUGAUCAUAUAAAAUACAUUCCUUUGCUUUAAUAAUAAAGCUACAUGUAUUGUAUUCAAUGCUCUCCUUGAUAAUACACUGCCUCUAUUUUGCACCUUGAUCAGUGUUAGUUUUUUCUGGAUGAGAUAUUCCCACAUGUCUUUUGGACAUAACAUAUGUAUUGGAUGCCGCAUAUAAAGAUACCUGUCAAAUCAUCUUGUGUUGUAUUACAUGUAGUACCAAAUGAAGAUUGUUAAUUGAUUAAUGAUUCCUUUAAAGAUUCAUUUGUACUUAUUCAUGUUUGAUUGAUUUAUUGUUAUUGUUAUCGUGAAUAUAUAGACCCAUUGGGUAACUGUUAUUAUCAUUAUCAAUAUGAUUGUUAUCAUUGUAAUCAAUAUUAUCUCAUCACCAUCAUCAUUUCCGUCAUCACAGUCAUUGUCAUCAUUGCCAUCAUCGUCAUCAUCAUCGCCACUACCACCAUUGUUGUCAACGUUAUCGUCAUCAUUGUUAUAUCAUCACCAUCGUAAUCACCAUCACCAUCAUCAUGAUUUUAUCAUCAUUUUCAUAAUCUUUAUCAUCUAAUCAUCUUCUUUAUCAGUAUCAUCAGUUCUACCCAUCAGAGAUUGGCUGAUUAUGCCAUAACACGCACUUAUAGCCCUACACCGGCAUAUUGUACUCGUCAAGAACCUUUUUCUUAUGACAGAAAAUGCUGUUCAAAUUUGAGACCACUCACAAGGAAUAAUUUUUGUGGUAUCACAUCUUGAUUUGCUCCACAAAAUGUGUUCUUUGAAGCAGAUUUUUCUGUGGGACCGUAAUAUUAAACUGUUAAAGACAGAACUCGCAGAAGAGCUUCUGUUUCUUAUGACCAAAAGUGCUAAUCCACAUAUGAGUAAAUUUAUUCCCAAGCUUGAUCUCAAAAGGUUUUAUAUAUUACCAGGAAUAAGUAUUAAAUAAUAAUAUUUGUCUUAUCACCAAUUGUGUUUUAAUAAAUUUUAUACAUCUAAAAGUAGUCCUGAUGUACUCCAAGUUUGAAGUAUUCAUCAAACUCUUGUUUUUUUUUUUCCCAACAUUUACCACAUGCAUAAUGAUUAAACCUUAUUAUUAUAUAAUUUCAAUAUAUUUAUGCCAGUACCAAAUUUAUGUAAACACAUAGGUCUACUUAUUUUUUUUUUUUUUUAAGGAUUUGGUUUGGUAGGUGUAGUCUUUCUGUUUAGUUAUACAUUUUUUUUUACUGAACUACAUGCAGUAAAACUAGUCUUUAUUGAGCUUUAUGUUUGUCUUUUUGCAUUCCAUUACUUAUUCAUGCGCAGUAAGGCUGAUUUCCAAUUAGAAGAUAUUGUUUAAUAUAUAGAAAAGAAAUCUUAAACCCUCUACUGUGGAGAAGAUGCAUGAACAUCAUCUUCUCAUCAGGGGAGCGUUUCAUGAAAGGAGUUGUCAGACGUUUUAUCCGACUAGUCUCGUUUAAUCUGACAGUUACCAUGCUAACACUGCUUCUUAGCCAAUUAACAUCAUUGAAAGUUGUCAGAUCUGACAACUUGUCAGACAAAAAUGUUGAUGAAAUGCUGGAUACUGUCACCAACACCAUCAUGUAAAUUAAUAAUUAAUUACAAUGAAAUGACUCAGGUGUUAUUUAUGAAACUAUUCAAAUUAUUAUAUUUUUUACUUCUAUUGUGCUGAUAUUUUUAAUAACACACCCUUAGACUUGAUUUGAUGAUAUCAUUAAUUAAAUAAAUUAAUUAGGGUUUAUUAUGGCUGUAUGCAGAUAUUUUUUCAUGGGAGGAGGCAAGAUGUUGCUCGGAAUCGGAAGCAAGAGAGCGAAGUGACCAAGAUAGUCAUGAGGGCCCUUUCACAUUUUCUAAGCUGAAAUGAAAGGAUUCUGUGCACACUUUGGUGAAUUUGGUGAAAAUUUCCAGUUAAUUUUUUAUUCGAAAUUUCUGCCCCCCCCCCCCAGUGGGUAUGGCCAUGGGAUAUUUUUUAAUUUUGUUAAUAGCCCUAUAAUCAUGAUUCUUGGUCUGGUUACCUCUAUGGAAAACUUGUGUGACAAUUCAAACUCUGUUAUAAUGUAACUGAUCAUGAUGGCUGCAAAUGUCUGAUAUGACACAGAUUUGUGAGUACAGAUACAGGGCCCUUUCAAUUUUCAUUAUUCAUUACAUGAUUUUAUAUUUUCUGAACGGCCAAAUACACAUCAAGAAUGCAUUUUCAUUUAAUGCCUGAAAUUAUACUUUGGAGGAGUCCUUUAUUUAUGGAUGUUUAUGAAUUUCUUUUUUUUUAAUAUAUUGGUGGGUUUUCAAAUGGUACAUGAAUGAUAAUUUCAUAGUCAGGCCCUUUAUGCCCCAAAGUUUUAGCAAAACCAAAGAAGCAAAACCUUGUGAGAUAUAUGUUAUAGUUAUUGCACCUUGAUGAAUGUGAUAUUCUUUAUAGUAGAAGGAUUUAUCAUGAUAUAGGUUAUUUGAAUCCAUUAAACAUGGGAGAAGUUUAUUUUUGUGAAAGAAAUUAGGAAACCUUUGAAAAACCUUAAGGUUAUUCAAAGGUUUCCUUUAAUAUAUGAUCAUCUCAUUCCAUUAUCGUGUGUGUUUCUGUCAUGAAGAAUGUAGUUCAAUAGAAUGUCCCAUAUUCCACUUGAGUUUCCUUAUUCUGUAACUAUACACUUCCCAGCCCAAUUCCACAAACAUGUGUUAGUUUCAUUUCAGGUGAUGUUUUUGUAAUGAUUGUGAUUAUAACGUUGAUGAUUGUAAUUAAGAUACAAAUGAUAAUAUGCUAAUAAAUGUACUUCAGAAUAAAUGUAGUGAUAAUAAAAAUGAUGAUAAAAAUGAUAACAAUAAUGAUUAUGACAAUGAUGGCAUACCAAUAGUUAUAUUAAUGUAUAUCAUUUAAUUAUCAUGACAAUAGCAAUGAUAAUGAAAAUAAUGAAAUUAAUGAUAGUAGUGAUGAUGAUGAUGAUGCCAAUUUAAUGAUAAAAAAUGAUAGACAUUAACGAUAAUAGUAACAAUAAUUUCAUCAUUUUAUGAUAAAUCAUUAAUGUUAUUGAUAGUUAUCUGAAUAGAAGUAAUUAGUAAUAUACUAUUAAAACAAAAAUGAUUGGUAAUUCAAAAUGUUGAUCAUACAUAUACCAAUGAUAGUUCUAUUACCAAUUGAUUAUGAACUUAUGUACACACCUAUUUUUGAUAUCGAUGACACCCAUAGAAUAUUUUACUGUUAAUUCUAGCUCUGACGUACACAGAUAGUCACACAUCAAAGCAUUAAUGUCAGUGGUAUUCCAUACUGGUAUAUUAGCUCCUCACUCUGUGUUUAUUAGUUAAAAACCAUGUAUAUCUACUUAAAUGAAUCAUGUAAUGACAAUAUUUUUUAAGGCAAACAAAUGAUAUAAUUCAUAUGUAUUUUUUUAUAUAAGAGACUGUGAACAACUCAUUAUCUUUGCUGUAGACCUUCUGUAUUUGUAAACUGUAUUUUUAUAUCUUUGUUUAUUUAUAUUUAUGUAAUAUGAGUGCAGUAUACAUUAUAUUUAGUUGAAAAUAAGUGUGCUAAUUAUGCUUCACUUCUAUUUAAUUAUUCUAUCUUUCGAGAAGUAUUACAUUUAUUGUUGCUGUUUUCGCACAAGUAUACAACUUCCUUGCUGUGCACUUGUAAUGUUGUGUAAUUUUCCUCAUUAUUUUUUAUUAUUCUUGUUAAUCGAAAAUUUGGUACCACACAGACAUUUUUUAGUGUGUUGCUGCAUGCCUAAUGUAUUAAUGUUGAUAAUACCAUAAACGUACAGGUUCUGAAUAUUGACAAAAAAUAACUAGAUAAAAGAGUUUCGUUUGUUAAAAUAUUCUUGUAACAUUUCCAGGGCAUAAUCUUUAGACUACCUUUUCUUUCUUUUUUUAGCUAUGACGCUCCAGGCAGUGUUAUUAUCUGUCUAUAAAAGCAGAAAAUGUCAGGGGGUAGUUUAUUGCUCAUUGUUUUAUCCAACUGCCAACUAUAACUCAUCGAUCCUCGUAAAACGUGGCUUUAAUAGGAAUUACAGAUUCGGUCAUCGACACGUUCAUUGUUUGAAGUAUUGAAUCUGUACGAAUCUCAAAGUCACGGUUUAGUGAGAAGAAUAUUCAUACUCAUUUAACCCUCUCUUGGAGUCCUGAUCUCUGCAAAUAGUUUCUUGUUUUGUUAUCCCAUUCCUCUAUCUUUUCAUUCUGGAA